UUCCAGCAGCACAGACAUUGAGAAUUGGUAUAGCAGUGCCUAUUCCCGAAACUCAGUACAAUUUUGUACCUCGUUUGAAUGGCACUGAGUAGAUUGCAAGAUCCCAUUUUGGUAUAAAAAUUGUUGCACUCGUUACAAUGGCUUGUAAUUAAGAAAAUGACCUUACUAAUCAUCACUGUACCAUGCCAAGUAUAAGCCAAAGGGAUGCACGUGCGUGCAGCACGCUCGUCGGCGUUAGAAAAGAAGAGUAUGACGCCACGGCGUAAAAGAGUGCAUGUGCAAAUUUCCUUGGACGAAGGAGAAUUUUUGGUAAAUUAAAUAAUUACGGAAUCUCAAGGGACUGACAAUGAGAUUGAUAUACGUGUCCACGUUCUGUGAAGAUUCGUAAGAGGAAUAAAAACGUGACGUAGAGGUCGCGUCGAGUUCACGUGAGAUGAGCGGCCGUAGUCAAAGUACAAAGGCCCCGGCGACGCCCUGCGUUCCCGUAGGUGCAUCCCCGAUAUCAUCUACCCGUGUUUCUCUGCAUUAUGUUUAUGCCUGUGCAUACAUAAAAAUGCCUUCCAAGUUUCCAGCCGCACUUAUCCACAGCCCACGUGUGUGAUGCACAGCGCAGCGACGCACGUGCUGCGUCCAGCCGCGAGAUACGAGAUUUAAAACUGCAUGGUUUUGUGUAAAUCCUGGCCUCUACUUUCCUCGAAGAAGAAAAGGAAAGCCCCAUCCAGGAAUUGGGACAGAUGAGAUGAAAUCGCAGGAAUCAGGGAAUCCUAAUAGGAAAAGGAACAGCGAUGCAUCCUUAAAUUUUUGUCUCUUCUCCAUCUGUCGUAUCUUCAUAUACAUUACGUGGUUUUCUUGUAUCUUCAGAGCCGCUUCCUAUCCUCCAUCAUCAUCGUCCUCGUCCGUACACACCGAAAGGGGUAUCUUUCGAGAGUCCUCUGGAAUGCAAGGCGUCCCCCACAACGAAGCCCAAGCAUUAGCGCCGUCUAGCUUUUUGCCAAGGAAUUCCAGGGCGACAUAAACUCUCGCGUGCGUGCGCGGCCCCAGAAAUACACGGGCCGCAUAUGCGCCGGGUAGCCGGCAAAAAAUUGGAUCUAUAUCGCCGGCUCCUACCAUCCUUGGCCAAGACGUGCGGCAAAGGUCCUUUCAAAAGAUCCAGGAUCGCGAGGACGCGUUCGACAGGCAUUAUAUAUUAUCGCAUUAUUGACGGCUGUGUCAUCGCGAACCGAGGUAGUGCGCAGAAUACACAAAGUCGAGGAGUCAGCCAACACUUGAGUUCCUGUGUCGAGAGGAAAGCCACCGAUCCGGAAGAUGGGAAGAGAGUCGAGUCGAUCCUGGGCCAGAUCCAUCGGGGAAGUCCAUGGAGCCAGAGUGCAGUGGAAGCCAACGUAACACUGCAGCCAUUAUAAGACACGUAGAGGAUCGGGCCGAUGGAGUCGGGCGCAAAUAGAGUCUAUUGGAAAAAUGAAGAAAGAAAGGAAGCCCAGCAAAUGGAUGAUUAGCAGUAUAUCCGGAGGACCGCCUCUCUCGCGGAAAACCCCACCCGUGCAGAUGAUCGCGAUGAUCGCAGGCGGGGCCGUAUACUCCUAGCGCCAGGUUCAACGGUAGGGAAGUGGCUCCCGGUUGUCGGCAUACGUGGAGCACAUGCAAGGUGGAUUCGUGCACGUGCGUGUGGACGUGCUGCGCAAAGAGGGUACGUAGCCCGAUGGGUUUAGGUGUCGCAAUGGAGGGAAGGUAGACAGUGAGGCAGCCAGCUACCGUGAACAUAGCCAGUGACCUGGUGGAGGUAGUCAGGCAGACAGCCCAGUCGGCCAAGUCAGGCAUACGGAAACCCCAGGACACACGUGGCUCCUCAGCAGUGGCUGGUCAGCAGUGCAAGGGACGCGGUGAGCGACGCCGACGCAGCCCGCACGCGCGUUCAAACGACCCCGCGAGUUGCGCGAAACUCCAGGAACUCCAUCCUGCCAAAGGGGACUAUUACCAUCCUGGAUAUAAGCGAGGCUCGUCGCUGGUGCCUGGUGCUCCUGAUAUCGACGUCUCGUCCCACGGGGUCCGAGUAGUUGGUGAUACCGAUAGAUAAAUAGGUAAAGAAGAAGCGCAGGAAGAAGACCUCAGAAACAGGAAGUCUUGACUCACCAGGACGCGCCUCUCUGCCUCCCGAAGGAGAGUCUUCCUCGAGGCAGGGGCAAGAUUUUGGCGCCACCUCCAAGCUCCGUCUAUGGACUAGGCCAGACUUACGCCUUGCGGCCACUCUGCAGUUCACCCUUCUCCACCUCCUGGAUCACCUCCUGGAUCUCCUCGAGCGCCACCACUCCCCGCCUCCGAGCAUUCUCCCUCUGAUGCUGCGACUCUGCCUCUCUCGAGCUCUGAACUAACCUAACCCGUGGCCAACUUCAUUCCACGCCAACUGACCACCACCGACGGCUCUAGCCCGUGGCCAUCCUACGAGCGAGUCCUUCGGGUCCUUGGUUCUCCUUGCCGGGUCAAUUGCACCGGGUGGUACAGUGCCUGGGGAUAUUUAUACUGAGGAGAGUACAGGCUAACUCGGCUGACGUUUCCUUUGUAAUUUCGUUAUUCGCGAGUGACGACAGUGACAGUGCGUGAUAAAAUAAACGGCUUUGAGAACGCGCCGAGAGAAUAUUUAUUCCGUAAUCGGGAAAAGAGCGCCGGAAGCGGAAAUUCUUCGAGUAUUCCUGAACGGUUCACCCGGACGGCUCGCUGCUCAGGAAUAUGGACAUGUCCGAAGAUUGCUGGGAGCACGUGGGUUUGCUUCAGGAGGUCUCCAACUCGGAUCCGCCUCCGCCGCCACCCGCCCCUGAUUUUCUUAUUCAGCAACAGGAGCUCCUGGUAAGCGGCGGCCAGCCGACGACGGCGACGUCGCCGGCAAUGUCGUCGGGCGGCGCCCUGAGUCCCGGAGCGCUGUCGCCGUCCUCGACCGCCACGACGACGACCGGCGCCGCACCUGGUGCCUCCGGGGGCGCAACUACUCCCGUGGGUGGUUCCACCGGACCUGGGGCAGGAUGCUGCGAAAAUGGCAGGCCCAUGAUGACCGAUCCUGUCACAGGACAGACAGUGUGCUCCUGUCAGUAUGACAGCGCUGCGAGGCUGGCCCUUGGUGCUUACCCUAGACUGGCACCAACAGCCACCUCGUAUUCCUCGUACCCUACCCCAACGCCAUCUACCACGGAUCAGGGUCCUUACCCCAGCAUCGGCAUGGACAGCUCUGCCUUUUACUCGCCACUGGGUAAUCCUUACGGGCUCAAGGACGCCACGGGGAUGGGGAUGACGGCGGAUAUGGGUGCGGCAUGGGGCACCGCUGCACUUCAACCGGCGGCUACCGGUUACUACCCUUACGAUCCGACCCUGGCUGCCUACGGGUACAGGAGAUGGGACAAGUCUGAUUCUGAAUGCUCUUACCUACCGAACGACUCGAUCGUGGACGACUCUACCGGAUUUCGAGUGCUUUGUCCGCCCGAAGAAAGUAGAAACUGUCAGAGUGAGACUUGGCUCGGGUUGGCGCCUUGCUACCGCUGGACGUAUCUACUUAGAUACGGCGCCGGGUACGAUCUGGCGGCGCGACGCAAGAACGCGACGCGAGAGUCGACGGCGACGCUGAAAGCGUGGCUGAACGAGCACAAGAAGAAUCCCUAUCCCACCAAGGGCGAGAAGAUCAUGCUGGCCAUCAUCACCAAGAUGACCCUGACCCAGGUCUCCACGUGGUUCGCUAACGCGCGCAGACGUCUCAAGAAGGAGAACAAGAUGACGUGGGAGCCGAAGAACAAGACGGACGACGACGACGACGCCGUUCUGACCGAUUCCGAGGACAAUAAGGAUAAGGACGAGUUGACCGGAAACGACAGGGGCGAGAGGGUCGGCGAUGACGCCAGAAGAGGUCUCGAGGACAAUGAGUCAAUGAGGCACGUGAAGGCCGAGCAUCUCCAGCACGACAAGGACCUGGAAGACGAGGACGACCUGGACCUGGAGGAGGACCCACGAAGAGGCGAGCAUCCCUUUCAUCACGGCAUGCAGCAUCAUCAUCAUCAGGGCUACGGGGCCGAGGAUCACCUGAAGGAAGAAGGGAUAAAGUCGGACUGCAGUGCGGGCGGGGUCCCGAUACCAGCGACGAAGCCAAAGAUCUGGUCGCUCGCGGACACGGCAGCGUGUAAAACGCCGCCGCCCCCAUCUCAUCCUCAUCAUCAGCAGUAUCUUCAUCACCAGCAGCACUACGCCCAGCAACAGCAUCACCUCGCCACCUCGAGCGGACAAGCUCAUCACUCUCAGCAGCCCUGGCUGGGCUCUGGCGGGGGCGGCGGAAGUCUCGGCUCCUUCGCCCUACCCUCCUCGGCCUCGAUGAGUCCAUCCGCAGCGGCCACCGCGCCUUACUCCAGUGCCGCCACAAGAUACGGAGGAUUCCUGUCCUCCUCUUCCGGCGGUCAGCUCCAUUACAAUCCAAACUCCUCAGGAUCAUCGUCGAACGCGUCCUCGGCGGCCGCGGGGUUUCCCGAGGUUGGGACGGAUACUCCGCCCCAAACGCCGCCGAACAUGAAGGUAGCCACCCCCAACGGGGUGAUCCAGGGCCCUCCUGGGGGAUACAUCCCUGGUGGGAGCAACACCGGCAGCAAUAGUAACUCCGCGCACUAUCCGGCCAAUCACGGGGCUGCCGGAUACCUGUCGGCCAGUUCCGGUUCCAGCAACGGAUUCUCAUCCAGACUUCAGAAUUCGCCGCACAAGGAAUUCUCGACCGUCACGCAGAACUCCAUCCUGCACCAGCAGACCACUGCCAGUUUACCACCCACGGAGGCCACCACGGCCUUCAAACCCUUUUACAAGGGAUCUCAAUCGAUGGGCAGUGGAUUCGUAUCGCCCGUCUAAGAGACAAUCGUCGUAGUCAGGAUGAUCAUCCAAAUCUCAAGGACACGUGACGUACUCGUGACGUUUGGCGUCUGCGCCGGUGUGACGGACACCGAAAAAUGGGAUUGUAAAUAAAGCACGAAGAUCCUCGCGACGCAGUGUGAUCUUUCGAAGAUCCAAAAACGGCCGAUAUCUCCAAGCAAGUCGAGGACCUUUCAUCCCUUAGCGGUUUUCGAAGAAAUUUUAAAGGGGAUAGAAAAAAAUAUUUACGCUGGUCAGCUGGAACGAAAAGGAAAAAAAAAACAUGGACGGGACUGAAUUUUUGGAAACUGGACCUAAUCGCUCUCGAGUGUGGUUCCUCUUACGUAACGAGGGAGUGACGUUGACCGAGAGGGGCAAAAGUUCAGAAACGUGUAGCCGUGCGACGGGAGGGGGGAGGGAGAGGGUGAAAAUGUGUAACAAGGUAAAUCCUCACUUCGCGACCACCACUCGUUUCUCUUGCGUGAACGUCGACAGGGUGGACACCCCUUUAUGACUGCUCUCAUCGCAGGGGACGAAUUUUGGCGAAUGGCCGACGGCUACACGAUGGGCAACGUGCAAAGGGCACCCGUGCGAUUUUAAAAAAGCGGAAAUGGCCACCGGAAACUCUAGCUCCAUUCUGUAUCAUAUUAAUCGUACGCUAUUAUAUUCGAGCUGGCUUUAAUUUCCGGUCAUCCCGUAAGCAUAGAGCACCGUAUUUAACGGAGUUAUAAGAAAGAAAGGAAAAAAAAAAAAAAAAAAUUUUACGAAAAAACUACCUACCUGUUAGGAUAUAAAUACUACGACUACUAUUAUGUCAUACCUACCGUUAACGAAUUAUUGGAUGAAAAAA